AUGGAGGCUCAGACUCCUGCGGGAUCUCUUCUAGACCUGUCUCUCACUAUGGCCCCCGGGGCUCCUUGGUCUGUUCUUCCUUCUGGUCGCAAUGGUCGCCGUCGCAGUGGCGCAGGAUCGAGGCUCUACUCUUGCCUCUUCUGCGAGAGGACGUUCCUCAAGUCGCAGGCGCUGGGGGGCCACCAGAACGCGCACAGGAUGGAGAGGGUCGUCGGCAGCUGGAAGACCCACCUCUACAUCCCUGACCAUCAUCAUGCCGUGGCAACCGCCACCGCUAUAGCGUGUCUUGACAACGUUGAUGACGACGACGACAAGCACCAGAAGCUUGAUCUUAAUCUCAAGCUUUAAUUUGCUCUAUCUUGUGUCUACAUUAUGCAGUA